AUGUCGGGACACUUGUCGUCCAAGGGGCCUCGGGGACCUAUCUUUGACAUUUAUGUUCAGCCCGUCUUCAUUCCAGACGCAGCCACAAAAGCCGAGGAUGAUGGAGGAGAUGGCUGGGAUGACUUCGACCUAGAGGACAGCAAGCCAAAGGUUGCCGAGAUGGCUGGGGCAACUUCUGCCCAGGAACAGAAGCUGCAGGCCAGCCUGGUGAAGAACCAAGAGCUGCAGGAGCAGCUGGACACGCUGACAGCUGAGAAGCAAGCGUUUGAGAUGCAGUCAGCGGAACACGAGUCAGCUUCUGCGCGUGUGGCAGAGUUGGAGCAGGAACUUCGGAUGGCUGGGGCAAUGUCUGCCCAGGUGGCGCAGUACGACCACAUGAAGAUGGAAAUGGAACAGAAACUGGAGCAGACGGCUGCGAGGAACCAGAUGCUGCAGGACUAUGGGCGUGGAUAUGCAACUGAUGCUGGGAUUCGGCUGACCGGAUGGCCGAAGGAGCAGCUGAACACACUGACAGCUGAGAAGAACCAAGCAUCGGAGAUGCCGCCUGGAAGCAGCGGCAUUCGAAGAGGGACGGAUCUUGA